AUGGACAUUGUUCAAAAGUGGCAUAACUGGCCCUACAAGCACGAUGAUGAGCCUUGGCUCUGUCCUCCCGAGGGUUGGAACAAGGUCAUCGAUGCGGCCGGCUUCAAGGACAAGGACGGCAAGCGAUACGUCGUCUAUAAGCAGGAGGGCGACACAAGCGGCCCAACUGACGGCAACCCUCUGUUCCUCCAGGAGGUGGAGAGUGACGGCAGAACCAUGGUUGGAGAUGCCGUCCUGCUCCUCGACCGUAUCGAAUUUGAGGAUGGCAUGUCGACAGAAGCGCCCAACAUCGUGUUGCUAAAGAACGGCAUGUACGUCUUGUUCUACAGCUCGGGCCACUUCGAGAACAUCAACACCUACGACGUCAAGUACGCCUAUGCCACCAAGGUGACGGGCCCCCCCGUGCCGAGGGAUCUCUGA